AUGACGCACGCAAACCAACUCGGUCCCGAGACCUGGUGGAAGGACGCCGGUUUGAGGAGGUUGUACCUCGUCCUGCCCAUUGUCAUCCUAAGCAGCUCGUAUCAGGGUUUCGACGGCAUGAUUAUGAAUGGACUCCAGCUGCUGCCCUCCUGGCAAGAAGAGUUCGAUUAUCCCCGCGGACCACUUCUCGGCCUCCUCGCGUCCAUCCAAACGGUGGGCUCCAUCCUAGCUCUUCCAAGCAUCGGCUGGCUCGUCGACAAAAUCGGUCGCCGCCGCAGCAUCGUUUUUGGCGCCUCGUGGACCCUCGUUGGCGCUGCCUUGCAGGGAUCGGCCACCCAUCUCGCAGCAUUUAUCAUCGCUCGCUUUCUCAUUGGCUUUGGUCUGGCCUAUACAGUCGUCGCCGCACCUGUGCUCCUCGCCGAGGUGGCUCUCCCCAAACACCGCGGCUCAAUCCUGGCCUACUUCCCCGCGACUUGGUACACCGGCGCCAUCAUCGCAGCCUGGGUCACCUACGGCACGCAAUUCAUUCAGAACGCCUGGUCCUGGAGAAUUCCCAGUCUUCUACAGGCUUUCCCUGCCAUCAUUCAGAUUGCACUCAUCUGGUUUGUUCCCGAAAGCCCCCGCUGGCUGAUCGCCAAAGGUAGAGGUGCCGAGGCCAGGGAAUUUCUCAUCAAGCACCAUGCCAAUGGAGACGAGAACAGCCCGAUUGUCGAGAUUGAGUAUACGCAGAUCAAGGAAGCCAUCUUGCAAGAUGCUCAAUGGAAGAAGCAGUCAAGCUACCUGGACUUUCUCCGCACAAAACCAAACAGGAGAAGACUCAUCAUCGUAACCUUCUGCGGGCUCUUCCUCGAGGUAUCUGGUAACGGUCUCGUUCAGUACUAUCUUCAUGCUGUGCUGAACAGCAUCGGCAUCACAGAGACAAUCGAGCAGACCACCAUUAACGGAUGCCUCUCCAUAUACAAUUUUUUGGUUGCCAUCGGCGCCUCCUUCCUGGUCGAUCGCGUUGGCCGCCGAAAGCUCUUCAUUGCAUCUACCUUGGGCAUGUUUCUGGCGUUUAUCCUCUGGACGACGUUCGCCGCUCAUCUGUAUGUGUUGACGAUUGCGGCAGUGUACACUACCCACGGGACCCGGGGCUUUGCCUAUGGCGUCUUGGUCUGCAUUUUCCUUUCCAACGGAGCGUACAGUCUGGGUUGGACGCCUCUGUGGGCGUAUCCGGCCGAGCUACUUCCCUUCGAGAUCCGUGCACGCGGCGUUACCUACAUGACAGGCGUCAUGCAUAUUGCAGGCUUCUUCACCGCCUUUGUCAACCCGAUUGGCCUAGGGAACAUCGGCUGGAAGUACUACCUCGCCUAUGUUGUGUACACCUUCCUUGAGUUCGCUGCCGUUUGGUACUUUUUCGUGGAGACCAAGGGCUACACGCUCGAGGAGAUUGCCUCUAUAUUCGAGACGCCUGGUUUGACAUGGAAGCAGAGGAGGAACUACAAAGGCCCUGUUGCGUAUCGGGACACUCAUGAUGCGGAGGAGAGUGGAGAUGGUGAAAAGAAGUCGGAGGUUACAGACGUCAAAGAGCUUUAG